AUGUUUGGUUUACUUUUAUUUGUAGCUGCUGCUACAGCCAUUGACUUCAAGAGUUGGGCUGCUAAAAACAAUAAACACUUCACUGCUGUUGAAGCACUCAGAAGAAGAGCUAUCUUCAAUAUGAAUGCUAAAUUUGUUGCUAAAUUCAAUAAGGCAAAUUCAUUUGAAUUAUCUGUUGAUGGACCAUUUGCUGCUAUGACAAAUGAAGAAUAUAAUCAUUUAUUAAGAGUACAUGAAACUGAAGCAGCUGCUGACUCAGUUUAUGAUAACACUAUUAUUACUGCUAGUUCUAAAGAUUGGAGAGCUGAAGGUAAAGUCACUCCAGUUAGAGAUCAAGGAAAUUGUGGAUCAUGUUAUUCAUUCUCAUCACUUGCUGUCCUUGAAUCAAGAUUAUUAAUUGCUGGAAGCAAAUACAACCAAAACAAUCUUGAUCUUUCAGAACAACAAAUUGUUGACUGUAGUACUGCUAAUAAUGGAUGUAAUGGAGGAUCUCUCUCUGCUACUUAUCUUUAUGUUAAAAAUAAUGGUGUUACUGAUGAAGCUUCAUACCCAUACACAGCUACUAAGGGAACUUGCAAAGCUUUCACUCCAAAAGUUAAAACUACUGGUUUAACUCAUGUCACUCCAAAUGAAGAUGCUUUGACUUCAGCUCUUGAACAAGGACCAGUUGCUGUUUGUAUUGAUGCUGGUAAAGCUUCAUUCCAAUUAUAUAAAUCUGGAGUUUAUGAUGAACCAAAAUGUAGUAAAACUGUUAACCAUGGUGUCGCCGCUGUUGGAUAUGGUACUCAAGAUGGUAAAGACUAUUAUAUUGUUAAGAACUCAUGGGGAACUUCAUGGGGAGACAAAGGUUAUAUUUUAAUGUCAAGAAAUAAGAACAACCAAUGUGCUAUUGCUUCAGUUGCUUAUUUCCCAAAUGGUGCUCAUGACGCUAACUAA